ACAAACGUUUCCCUUAAAAAAUGUGGAUCGGGGAGCAAUCUUCCUCGCGACCUCGAUCACACUUCACAGUACUCUGGCUCCACUCCACCCAACAAAAGUCAACCGAAGCUCUUAGCUCCGUGUUCAAUCCAAGAAUACGCCGACGCCAACAGCACUAUGAGCUGGUCCGACCUUCCGGCCGAGCUCGUAGCCGGGAUCGCCGACAGGAUCACCGAGCAUGUGGAUCUCGCGCGCUUCCGGUCGGUGUGCCCAUCUUGGCACACGGCGUCUGCGGAGCACGCCGCCCGCCGCCGCGUCCCCCUGCUCCUCCUGCCCUCGCAGCAGAACUCCCGCGUCAACCGCCGUCUCUGGUCCCUCGCCGACGACAGCAUCACGGAGACCCCCAUGCCGGCCGCGCGCGGCCGCACCUUCCUCUUCGCCUCGCCGCGCGGCUGGACGCUCUGCGUGGCCGACGACUUCACGGCCACGCUGCUGCACCCCUUCACGGGCGCGUCGGAGAGCCUGCCCGCGCUGCCGCCAUCCUUCCACGACGGGUAUCAGACGAUCCUCCGUGACGUGGUCUGGGAUCGGUCGCCUGACGCCAUUAUGGUCUCGCAGGGUAAGGGCGCGUUCUUCUGCCGGCUGCAGGGCGACAUCGGCGGGUCGUGGAGCCCGGCCGGGCUCCCGCCGCCCGCUCGCGUCAGCAGCAUCACCUACUGCGACGGCGCGUUCUACCUCCUCGACAAGCGUGCCAACAAGGUGACGGCCGUGGACGGCGCGACCUUCGCCGUGGUCGCCGCGAUCGAGCCGCCAGAUCUGGCGAUGCCCGACCGCUCGAGGGUACGCGAGUCCACGCUCGUCGUGUCGUCCGCCUACGAGCUCCUCCUCAUCGUGCGCGGAGGAUGCCAGGGCUCGAAGGGCCUCUUCAAGGCCUUCCGCGCGGACCGCCGGAACCUGGCGGCCGGGUGGUCAGAGGUCGCCGACGGCGGCAUCGGCGACCGUGCGGUGUUCGUGGACCACCUCCGCGGCUUCUUCGUCGAGGCCAACGGGCUCAACGGGGUGCGGAGAAACUGCAUGUACGUGACCAGCUCCUACGACGAGGCCAACGACAACUCCGGCUGGGGCGACUGGGGGAGGUACACCGUCUCCGUGCUCGACCUCGGCGAUCUCACCACCCAGAACCUCUCCCACGGCAACCUGUUGAAAUGCCUGUGCGGUAGGCAGCGGCCUUCCUGGUCCAUGCCGAAUCUGCAUUGAUCUUCCAAGCAAAACCAUCGUGUGCUCUGAUGCAUUGAUGUUGCACUAAUAAGCAAGAGCUGUUAGCUCGUGCACCACUAUUCUAGAUCGCAAUACUUUGUCAGACGUGCAUUUCUACUACUGUAGAAGUGAAAGAUCUGGUUUCAGUAGCUAUAAUUUGAUUGUCAAAUGUGACAAUGUUCUUAAAGCAAUACCAGUCUAUGUAUCUUUCUCUUCGUUUUCUAAAAAAAAUGUUUGUUCUUUUCA